GGGAGCCUUUGAGGGGGGGGCUGCCUUGCUCCCCUUUUCCCCGCUGGACUCGCAGCAGCUGUUGGGGUCCGCUUGCAAACUUUCGCUCCGCGGCUUCGGUCUCCGGCGGGCAGCGGCGCGGCUCCUCCCUCGGGCUCCCCCCGAAGAAAAUCGGGAGUUUGCUCACGUUCCCCAAAAGUCGCGGUUCCGCCACGAAGGGCGUUUAUCCCGGAGCGGGACCAAGGGGUGGGAAGAGCAGCCGUGCCUGCCGCCGCAGAGCCGACUCUGGCCGGAUCCCAGCUGGUUCCUCUCCGCAGGAAGGGCGGGGCUGCCCCUCCCCGGGACGUGAGCGGCCAUGGCGACGAAGAAGAACCGGGGCUGCAAAGCCUUCUGCGCCAGCUGCUUUCUGGGCCUGUUCGGCUGCCGCUGGACUCAUAAGAAGGGCUUAAAGACAAGCAAGUGUGACUACGCCUGGUUCUUCCUGGUCUUUUGCAUCGGCCUCCUUGCCCUGGCGUGGCUCUACGUGGCCCUGGUCACACUCAAUGAUUUCCACAACUUCAACGAGUUCGCCUUCCAAAAGACAGGAUGGUGGCUGGAUUGGUCAGUGGUAAUGGUCUCUGUGACAGCCACCCUGGUCACCUACUGCUCUCUGCUGGUGAUUUUGGCACUCGGCCUCCAGCUGUGCCACCAACCGCUGAAGCUGCAUUGGCUCCAUAAGGGCCUCCUCAUCCUGACUCUGCUGAUAGCAGUGGCUGCUUUCGUGGGGCUGGAACUCCAGUGGUCGGAGCAGUGGGAGAGUGCCCACAUUGCUCUGCAGGCGACCGGGCCCUUCCUGCACCUUGGAGCUGUGGCGGGCUUGACGAUGCUUGCUUGGCCAGUAGCAACCUGCUUCUACCGCAUCUCCCAUGCAGCACUCCGGGGGCUUCUCCUGGUCUUGUAUCUGGGUGCGAUGCUGGCUUUAUACCUGGCCCCCCUGGGCAUCGACUCACCCUGCUUCCUGGAGCAGAGCCAGCUUCCUCCCAAACCGGCUCUGUUUGGGCACCGGGGGGCUCCCAUGCUGGCACCAGAGAACACCCUGAUGUCCUUCCAGAAGGCCAUCAGUUGUGGCCUCAGUGUCUUAGAAACGGAUGUCCGGGUGAGUGCCGAUGGGAUCCCUUUCCUCAUGCACGAUGAGACUCUUUUACGGACCACAAACGUCCAGGAGAUCUUUCCCACCCAAGGCCACGCCAAGGCCACCGCCUUCAACUGGACGCAGCUGCAGCAGCUGGAUGCAGGCAGCUGGUUUUUGCAGAAGCACCCCUUCCCUACAGCCUGGAGCCUCUCCGAGGAAGAUGCGGCCGAGGCCAGGAGGCAGCGCGUUCUGUCUCUGAAGGAGCUGCUGGCCGAGGCCAAGAGGCACCGGGUCUCCAUCAUGUUUGAUCUGAUGCCACUGGAAGACCCCCACUACAAGCGCCUGGUCAACAUCACAGUGGAGACCAUCCUCAAAUCGGGCAUCGACCAAGAGCUGAUCCUCUGGCUGCCUAAUAAGUUUCGGAUGGAUGUGAGGCAGUCAGCACCCAGGUUCCAGCAUAUCUAUGGCCUGGAAAGUUUGGACAACAAGACCGGAAAAUUCCCACGAGUCAACCUGGCUUACCAAAAACUGAGCAGCAGAGAAAUCAGGGAAUACCACCGUAACAAUGUCUCGGUCAACCUGUUUGUGAUCAACGCUCCAUGGCUCUUCUCCGUCCUGUGGUGCGCUGGGACAACUUCGGUCACCACCAAUGCCUGCCAAGUGCUUCAGAAGAUGCAGCAUCCCCUCUGGCUACUGCCUCGUGCCACCUAUCAAAUGAUCUGGAUUGUGGCCGACUGCGUCUCCCUCCUGCUGGUUCUCUCGGCUUUCUUGCUGCUGAAAAGACGGUCUCGGAAAAAGGACUCGAGAGGUUCCAGCUCCGAUGUGCUCCUGACAAAGAUCCACAGCCUCUUGUCCGAGUGAGGUUGAAGCGGUCAGAAGCUCUGGGCUGUGCCCCUCCCCCCCGCAACUCGCUAGUCUUGGCAGGACUCUCCUCUUUCAAACGCUUCGCUGGGAAGGAACAGGCCGUCCUCCGUGUCUGGUGUCUGCUGGCAGCGGCUGCUGGGAUCCAUUUCAGGGGCCUCUGUUGCACAGCCCUCAAAAGGAGCAGCUAGCAGGCUGCGUGCUGCAUUUCGUCUUGGAGAGCCGAACCCGGAGCCUUCCCACAUCCUGGAGCUACUGCUAGAGCUUCAGGAGAGAAUUAGGGAGCUACCGCCUCUCCUGCGGGACACGGUUUCUUGAUGGGGGGGGCUGGGAGGGAUGUUGGAAGUGCCCAAUAAAGCUCUUUGUACAGGCUGGGAAACCCGGAGCUGCUGUGACGACUUCUUCCUCUCCCAGGCGGCCCAAAUAAAGCAGGAGGGGUGGGGGACGGACGGCACCCUUUCAAUGCACAGCUGCCCCCGUGUUCCACCUCUAGCGGCUUCCUGGCCCAGCCUGUGUGCUGGCCGUCUAGCUGAGUUCAGAGGCUCCAGGGUGGGGAAAGCAGGCUAACCUCACGUGAGUCAGGGGUCUUGGCCCCAACGGCUACAUUCCUUCCCGUGUGGAAGUGUGUCGGAUUGCAGGUUCAGCCCCGAGGUUUUUUCCAGGAACAGCCUUCAACGGCAGAGCGUGCAAAACAACAACACCCAGCAGGCGAGUGCCAGAGGCUGCUUCUUUUAGGAACAAAGUGCUACCUUCUGUCUUGCGUGUUAAUAAUUCACUUUUUCUUAUUAAAAAAACCGAGCAGCCGCUCUUUUGCUUCAAGCGGUGAUGAUGUAACAGGAAGUGAAUUUAUACUGAUUUUAAAAUGGACUGGGGUCAAAAGGUUCACAGAAAUUGAUUGGGAAAACUCUAGUUGGGCGAGGUGCCUCGUGACAGGUGAUCUCUUUAUUCCAAGAAAAAGUGUGCCUUGUUCUAAGAAAUAUUUAGCAGCCCGGCAUUCAAACGGUAUCAAUCAAUCUAUUAACUCGUGAGUCAGGCGGAGAAAGUUCAUUCAGGUAGCAGCCUUAAUUAGAAAAAUUAGGGACCUGAAAAUGGAGUAAUUGGAAGCACACUGCUUCUAGCGAUAAAACGUACCCACAUACCAGCAUAAGCCAGUUUAUAUGGAACCCGGAAAACAGGAAAAUCUCUCUUAGCCAAGGGCCUCCUGCCCCAAGAAUUUCCUCCAGGGCCAAUGUGGCUGAAAGCUCCCAGCAUGCACCAAGAGCUUUGCCAGAACAAAGCAGGAAAGCAAGGCCACCAGGCACAUUUCACCACAAUGGUUAUACCUCACCUGAGCCGUGAACCCUGGUUGCAAACCCCCAACGUUCAGCUCACGUGGGCCCCAACCCAACAAAGCUCACUGCAUGAGGGUGAGCAGCUCUUCCAUUAUCAGGAACAAUGCCCAGGAACCCACAAACCACCAAGGAAAUGGGGAGCAACAUGGACCUGCUGUCAUGAGGGCCGAUAACUUGUAGGGGCAGUGCUUGCUCCUACCCUUCUGUCCAAGGGGGUCAGUCUCUUGGCUAUUUAAGCUUUCCUGCACUGCAACCCUCGACCAGCAGGGGGCACUGUCUCCGAUUCAGCAGGAAAACCAGUUUGUCCAGAAGAGAAAUGUUGGGGUCUUUCCAUUGUUUCUCUGGAACUGGAAAUGUUAAGUCACUGAAUCCAGGACUUUCUAAGUGAAACGACGCAGAGCCUUGAGCUAAGGGAGAGAGGCAGAGGUCCCUUCUGUGAUCUCCAGAACAUCUGGGGGAUUCCCAAAGGCCCAGAGGUGGGUUGCUGCCAGUUCGGCCUGGAUCGGCCAAACCGGUAGUAGCAGUGGCCGGAGGCUCCCACCCACCCGGAUGCUUCUGCACAUGCCCGAACCGGUAGUAAAAAAAAUCAGCAACCCACCUGUUCCCUGCCAAACCUCUCUUGCAGACUCUCAAUGGGAAGCACAAGACGGGAGACGGAGGAUUAUAAAGGUUUAUUUGUCACAUUUUGCCCUCCAGCAAAUCCACAAAAAUUGGGGGGAGGGAGGCUGGGGCAAGGGUGGGGGAGAGAGAGAAUGCCUGGACAGAGAUCCUGUCGCAGGAGGGGACAGAGCCUUUAUUUGGGGGGGGGGAGUCAAGCCCUGGGGGGAGGUCCAGCAGCUCCUCUCUAGGCCCCCCCAAGGGACAGGCAGAAGAGCUCCAACCCCACACUAGGCACACACACCCCUCAUUCUACUCUGGAAAGAGGCCAGCCGACGGUUCUUCCUCAGCCAGGCCCAGAUGAGAACCUCCAACCCCCCACCCCCCCCAGGCUUUGGGGACCCCAAGGCAAAGCCAAUCUCAUGCAAGCAGAAUGGAUGUCUACCUGCAGGAAGGCACCCUUGGAUCCCUGCCAACAUCCUGGUGGAAACAGCUCAUCAAGCCCCCAAUAUCCUCGCCUAUCUUGUCCUGCAUCCCAUCGCUCAGGCCACAGAAGCCACGUUAUUGCCUUCAUCUUCCCUUCAGAGGAGAAAGAGGCUCUCCUUGAAAAGCAGGGGACCCCAAAAGCACUGGGGGGGGAGGGUGUGCAGCAGGGGAGGUUCCUCCUUUACACAGGGCAGAGAUGACUAAAAGCCACGACAAUUAGAGCAGCUGUUAACGGGGGAAAUUAGAGGCCUGCAAAUCUUUACAGACCGACAACCCCCCCCCCCUCCCACCGCCCGAUAUUCAGAUUGCGACUUACAUCUUUCUCUCUGGUCCCAAAGGUGCCUCCCCCCCCCCCCCCAAAGGCAACUGGGCUUCCUUGGUUUUC